AGAAGAUUGAUUGCCGGAGAGAGAGAGAGGAGUGGGAGCGAUAAUCCCGAGAGAGAGGACGAAGGGAAGAAGAAUUUAUUUUCCUUCCGCCUCAGAGAUAUUCAAUUCCGUUCUGCAUCUGUGUUGGCUUCCAUCUUAUGGUCCCUUACCUGUGCUGCUUUUAAAGUAAUAUUAAACUUAUCCGCGGUAUCGAGGAGAGGAAUAGGGUUUGAGACUUGCAACCAAGUUCACUGCUUCGCAUUAAGGGGGGAGUUUGCCUGUCCUCAACUCUUUUCUGUGCUGCUGCAGCAGAUGUUCUGUAUUAUUAUCUCACGCAAAUUGAUGUUCUUGGCUUCGUGAUGUUGCUUUUGGUUAACUCUUUCUGAGUUUGGACGAAUUUAGGAUGAACUUAUCUUAAGUUUAGUUGUCUCUUGGGGGCAAUGUUUGGAUUCACGUUGAAUUUGGAGAUGAUGUUCUCCUGAGAGCACUUGAUGGGUUCUCUUAUUCAUUGUUGAUGAUUGAGCUCUAAGAAUUGCGACCUUGUUUUAUAAUGUUUAAGAUUUGAGGAUUUGAUUUAUCCUUUGGCAUUCUUUCCUUCGUUGAGGAGAUUGAAGGGGUUUCUUUGGAUUUUGGAAAUUUUUGCGUGUUAUCAUUUGAUAAUUUUCCUGAGAUAGUCAGUAUUUAAAAAAAAAGGGAGUUAACAUUACCUAGUUAAACAGGGUUUUGUUCGUCAUUUCCAGACCGUUAGGGUUACGAAUGGCUUUUGACAAUUCACGUGCAUAGACUGAAGAAGAGGGCGAUUUUACUCGGUUGGUAAUUGUUUGGUGAGAUAGACUGCACUAGUCUCUUUUAAAUUUGGUGUUAGAUGGUGAUCUGUAUCUGCAAUGGAGCGAGGUGAGCCGAGUUUUGUUCCAGAGUGGUACAAAGGGGCAAGCGGCAACAAUUUAAGUCCCCUGAAUGGAUCCUCACAUUCUGCAGCAGAUGAUAUUAACACUGGGUUCUCAACGAAGAACAGAUUGUCAGUUAGUUUUUGUGAACACGAUGCUCCUCGUUCAUUGUCUUUCACAGAAAGAACCUCAUCUUCUUCCCAUAAAAGUACCUGUAGUAAUGGUUCCAUGGGACGGGAGGACCUUCCUUUUCGGGCUUAUAGUAGUUUUGGUAGAAGCCAUCGUGAUAGGAAUAGGGAUCGAGUGGAGGAUCUUGAAGUUUGUGACAGAAAUCGACUACUUUUGGAGGAUAAUGGAUUCCUUAACAAUCCUGAUUCAUUGGCUACUAACAAAUUAGAGAAAGAGUCCCUGUGGCAAUCUCAUUCUAUGGUAUCAGGAAGUGGUGACUCUUGGCUUAAAAGGCCAGCGCAUGAUUCUAGUAAUAAUAUUACUUCAGGGGGGAGCAUUGUCACUGGUAUUAGUAAAUCCUCCUUUGAGAGAGACUUCCCAAUGCUUGGAGCAGAAGAAAGGCAUUUGGGUUCAGAUGUAGCCAAUGUUGCUUCUCCUGGUCUAAGCAAUGCCAUUCAUAAUCUUCCAGUGGCUGCUUCGACAAUCAUUGGAGGUGAUGGAUGGACAUCAGCUUUGGUGGAAGUACCUUCUAUUGUUGGAGGAAAUGGUCCAGUAGUUUCUUCUGCUCCAUCAAGUAGUCCUCCUCGGGCAAUUGUUUCAAGCCCUUCUUCUAGCUUAAAUAUGGCUGAAACUUUGUCUCAAGGUCCAGCCCGAGUUCGCACUUCAUCGCAGCUACCCAAUGACUCUCAGAAGAUUGAGGAAUUACAUCGUCUGCAAAUUUUGAAACUCAGACCUGUAAUGCCAUCAAUGACUAAAAAUUUGGGUCUUCACUCAGCUGAAAAAUCUAAGACAAAGACAGCAAGGUCUGCGGAAAUCAAUGCUUCCAAGGCUGGGCAGCAGUCUUCAUCCCAGCUAUUAAUUCAUUCCGUCCCUCCUGCCGUUAGAUCUGAUGUUUACAAGAUAUCCCAGCCUGGGAAUUUCCAAGUGCUAAAUAGGGAAACGCAUAGUUUGUCUCCUGGGAAGGAUAUCCCAAAACCAGGAAAUGUCAGCAGAGGUCCAACCACUCCUGCCACAAUUCAACCUCCAAAAGGUUCAAUGAACCCCAAACUUAAAGUUGAUGGCAAGGGUGGUGCUUUGAGUCCGAGAAAACUCUCUUCUCAGGUUCAAAAUCGAAAUGAUUUCUUCAAUUCCCUAAGAAAGAAAUCAUCUUCUGGCCAACAACACUCAAAUGCUAAUAAUGUCUUGAAUAGUGAUACGUCAUCAUUCAUCUUAUUAGAGAAGGUGGGCGUGCAGUUUGCCGUUGAUUCUACUCCUGCUAAAAACAAAAAUGUCUUUUAUUGUUCAGUAGAGAAUGGGAAUUGUUCUGCUGUAGAUUGUGAUGUCUUUGAGGAGCCUGAGAAAUUAGCUCCCGGUGAGGAAGAAGAAGCCUUUCUACGAUCACUGGGAUGGGAGGAGAAUGCUGGUGUAGAAGCUCUGACACAUGAGGAGAUUGAAUCUUUUCUAUCAGUGUAUAAAAUGCGGAGGCCUGCUUCAUAGUUGAACAUAUAGCUGGAAGUUCUUUUCCGAAGACUCAACUUUUGACAUUUAUUCAACACAUUAUGAGCAUGGAUAGAAAAAGUGUUGAACAUAAAUUGGGUUGAGCCUAGUCCCAUUUUUAUCCUGAUUAUAAACAAAUAAAUCGUAUUUGAUUUCAAGUUUACUAUUAUUCUAUCAUUUGCUAGUGUUCUCACUCUUUACGUUUUCCAAAAUUCUGUGUUUUGCCAUCUAAUAUAUAGUUUCAUGUUAUGUGCUACAAGUCAUCAAACAUAUAAAGAUGAUUAUGAAGCUGUUGUGAUAGGAAUAAUUUUUUUGAAAGCUGCUAUGAGUAUUUAUAACCUUCUUUUUUUAAAAG